ACUGAAUUGUUCUCCAUUUGAGCCUUGAAGCACUACACGAGCGCUGUCUGUGGAUUUUGCUCAGUUUUAUUGUGAAGAGCCGAUUCAACAUGCUGGAUAAACUAUAUUUCGGGUGUUUUCUCUUGAUGUGGAUGUUUGUUUCUACCAUGUCCGUGGAUCCAAAAUGCGAGGAGCUUAUGACCGAGGGGGAAGGGGAGCAGCAUCUCCUGAGGUAUUACUUUAGUUCAGGCGACAAAUCCUGCAUCCCCUUUUUCUACAAAGGAGAAGGAGGCAACUUUAACAACUUUGAAAGUGAUCGGGAUUGUGUGAUGGCAUGUUCUCCUGAUUCCACUGUACUCUAUCCAGAAGGAGAUUUGGUGUGUUCUCUUCCUGUUGAUGUUGGUGAGUGUUUUGCAAUGCACCUGCAAUACUACUACAGUGUGGAGGAAAAGACCUGUCGUCUAUUUCACUAUGGAGGGUGCAAAGGCAAUGGCAACCGCUUUGAGACAAGAGAUGAAUGUCUAAAAAUGUGCCAAGCUAAAUCUGGAAGAGCACUUGGAGCAGCCCCCGAUAUCAGCCCUGAUGCAACCACUGUUGACAGAGGAUUGAUUGUGGGAGUACUAGGUGGGGUGAUAUUUGCAGUGGCGGUAAUCGCAAGUAUUGCCAUGUUUGUUGUCCAGAGGAAAGGCAAAGAGAGGAAGAGAGUCCCGACAGCAGAGGUGGAGAUGAGCUGA